AACCUUCACUCAAAACACGCCUCCCCUUUCCCUCUCCUCUCCUCUUCCCUUCUCUCAUCCCUCCACUGCGACACACCACCACCACCAGCCACAUAUUCUUCCUCCACCGGUGAGCAGCCACCGUAGCAGCAGCCCCGCCUUCCUCCCUCACGGCACCCAGCAGCAGUAGCUGCUUUGUUCUCUUCCUCCCCCUGCAGCAGCGUGAGUCUCCAAGCAGCGGCACCCACCUUCGUGGUGGUUUUCCCGGCAGCAGCAGCCCAACAUCACCAUACCAACUCCUCCCUUCUUCACCCUUCUCUUGUUUCAUCUUACAGUUUGAGUAUCAAGCUUGGUGUACUCAGUGCCUUCAAUUAUCAGACAGUAAGGAGGAUUAUGUGGGUAUAAGCCAAGCCUUGAAGCCACUAUGGAUGCUGCAUUCAGCUGCAUGCUUCUAAGAUCCUCCUUAUGUCCUACUUUCUCGGCUUCGCUCGUUCCUGGUCCUAUUAUCCAUAAAAAAGCAAAACACAUGCCUUAUUUGUCUCUUACUAUUGACAAUGCUGAAGGAUCUGCUCUGGAUAAGACCCCCUCGGCAUCUGUUACUCGUCGACUGAUUCUAUUGCGUCAUGCAGAGAGCUCAUGGAAUAAGUAUUCUUUACGAGAUCAUGAUCGGCCUCUGAGUAAAACUGGUCGUGCUGAUGCUGCUGAUGUCUCAUUCAAGCUACAAAACAUGGGUUGGGUUCCUCAGCUGAUCUUAUGCAGUGAUGCAAGGAGGACAAGGGAGACACUCUCAGUUAUGCAAGAACGAGUUAAGGGAUUCUUACAGGCGGCAGUACACUUCAUUCCAAGUUUUUACUCAGUUGCUGCUAUGGAUGGCCAGACUGCUGAGCAUCUCCAACAAAUGAUCUGUAAAUUCUCCUCAGAUGACAUUCUUACAGUUAUACAUAAAUUUUACAGGUGUAUGGGACAUAACAAAGGCUGGGAGGAAGCAGCCUCCACAUUUACUGGUUCAGUUGUUGAAUUGAAGACAUGUAAUGCUGCUCUGCUUGAAGCAACUGGGAAAUCCUGGGAAGAGGCUUUUGAGCAGGCGGGAGUUGGAGGGUGGAAGCUGCAGGGCCUUGUUAAGCCAAAUAGCAGCCUCGAAAAUUAUGCUCCGACUUGAUCUCUUGAAGAAAUCCCGGCUGUACUAUGCAAAUCUUGCUGCCAAACUUGUCUAUCAACUUUGUUCGCCGUCAACCAUCAAGAGUGUACAGUAUACUGUAUGACUUACAUAUCCUGCUUUCCCUGUUCAUCAGCUUCUUCGUCUGCAGAUAAACGUUAAACUAAAUGUAGCAACCGUGGCCUGGCUAAGCAGGCGAGCACAAGUUAAGUGUGCUUCAUAUUUUCAUAUCUUAUGAAAACCAUUUGAGUAUUGACUAAGUGCUACCUGUGUAAACUUUGAAAUCUUAUUGAGGAAAAUCGAAAUCAUCCAUAGGUAUUAGUUGAUAUA